GUGGAAGAGAGGGGAGGAAAGGGUUGUGUUGCCAGUUGACUUCCUGUCGACAGUGCUGUACGCACAUUGUUAAGAUCCUCCGUGCAGCGAUCAGAUUGCAGAGGUCCUGAGAUGUCCGUCCUACCCUCUGGGCUCGCUAUAGUCGGGGACAAUCCGGACACUCAGAUUAAUUCAAAAGCAUGAAGAGUCGGGACAGGAGAGGAACCAGGGAACAACAGUCCGCCACGACGCGUUUCUUUUCUCAGGGCUGGUGACAGCGGAAACCAUGUGCAGCCCCCUCAGUCCUAAGCUUCAACAGGGCCCUGGGCUCACAGAUGUGCACCUCUACAGCCAGUGGCUGGCCAGCCGCCACGAGGCCAGCUUGCUGCCCAUGAAGGAAGACCUGGCACUUUGGCUCACAAGCAUGCUGGGCCAGGAGAUUACAGCUGAGAGCUUUAUGGACCAGCUAGACAAUGGCUACCUGUUGUGUCAGCUGGCUGAGACCCUGCAGGAGAAGUUUAGAGAGAGCAGUGGCGAGAUCUCUCGCUCUAGCAAGCCCCUCCCCAGACGAAGGAUCCCCUGUCGGGCAAGCGCCCCCUCUGGUUCCUUUUUUGCCCGGGACAACACUGCCAACUUCCUGUCCUGGUGCCGUGAGGUGGGGGUGGGAGAAACAUGCCUUUUUGAAUCUGAGGAUUUGGUUCUGCAUAAACAGCCACGGGAAGUGUGUCUCUGUCUCCUGGAACUGGGGAGGAUUGCGUCCAGACACAAAGUGGAGCCGCCAGGACUGAUCAAGCUGGAGAAGGAGAUUGAGCAGGAAGAGAAAACGCCUGAGCCCCCAUCCUCACCUCUGUCCCCCUUACCCACCAAAACAUCUAGCAAGAAGAGUAUUGGAAAGCUCUUGGAUGAUGCUGUGAAGCACAUUGCUGAAGAUCCUCCCUGCAAGUGUCCCAACAAAUUCUGUGUGGAGAGGCAGUCCCAAGGCCGCUACCGCGUUGGAGAGAAGAUCCUUUUCAUACGAAUGCUGCAUAACAAGCAUGUGAUGGUUCGGGUUGGGGGUGGCUGGGAGACCUUCGAGAGCUACCUGCUGAAGCAUGAUCCCUGCCGCAUGCUGCAGAUCUCCCGUGCGGAGGGCAAGACCUCACCCGUGGCCAACAAGUCGCCCAGUAUCAAGGACCUCACCCCUGACAGCUACCUGGUGGUGGCUGCUCACUACCGAAGCAAGAAGUAAAGGAAAACUGUGAAAUCCUACUGUAGCUAUGGGUACCCAAUGGUCAAUUUAUGAAAUAGCAAGCUGAUAGUUUGGCCAGAAAUUAAAACUUCUGUUUCUAGGCCAUAAAUUCUGCAGGUAUCAUUCAGAGUAAAAUGGAAUUAGGCAAUUGGAACAGAAUGUCUUGUCCAGUAGGUUUUUCUUUCCCUUGUGCUUGUUGUGUAGUUGUAGAUUCUGGGGUAGCUGGUGGGAGUAUCAGUAUCCUUAGCUUUCAUGGAACAGAGGAAGAAGGGAUUCUAAUGUGUCAAUGGUGAAAUGUUUAACUGCACAUUGUUGUCCUUUCAAGUCAAAAGGUAUGGCUAUCUGUCUGACACAGCCUGGGAUUAAGAUUGGUGAUAUUUAAAAGGAGCAGAUGUUUUUUUAACUUUUGUGUUUUUUAAAAAAACUUAGAAACCUCUAAUAUAGACUGGUGAUCCGUAGAUUAAUUAAUUUCUGAUUUAUUUAAAAUGCUAUAGUAACAUAAUCAGUCAGAAUAGUUCAUUUGAAGCCUUGCCCUUUCUCCCUGGCUUUACAUACAGGAAUAUAACGAUAUCACUUCUCAGAAUCACAUGGCAGUUGCACAUAACAGGUGUUAUUAUAGCACCAACAAGUUCCAAACAUUUUCAAUAUGAAAUUAUGCCUAUCCAGGGCAGACACGCUGACUGUCUAUUAUAUUGUAAAAGUAACCUUGGGUGAACCCCAUUGUUCCACCUAAAACAUAGGGCCACGUAGACACAUAUCAUACUCUGAUUACAGCGACCUCUCCCAUGCAGAUGCAUUUCCUAUUUAGUCUGAUUGUUGUCAUUUGUCCCCUGCUGCAGCAGCCCUCUUGCUGAGUCAGUGGCUACCCUGUCACCGAAAGACUCUGGGUUCUGUCCCCUGCUGAGUCACACCAAGGACAUUUCCUUGCUGCCUAUCUCAUUGUGAUGAGAA